AUUUCUGUUACAUUCCGUAACUUGACGAGUUUCGCGCAUUAUUUUGAAGUAAAUAUUACAAACAAACGGUAACAAACAAACUACUUUCAAACGAUAAUUACUAAGACGUAUCGUGAUGAAUUCCUCGCGAGUAUUAACUUUUAAUGGACCUUACACAGAGGACAAAUAUAAUCAGUUUUUCAAUCCAAACGUUUGUCAUGUUUGCAAACAGCCCAGUGAAGUCUUGGUAACGUGUAAUCUGUGUUAUAUGAUUUCUUUCUGUUCCGAGGAGCAUCGGGCGAUACACAGAAACUCUCACUCUGAGAUCUGCAAAACUCUAGCAAUGAUAAUAACGGACAUAUCGUUGUGGGUCAGGCAAAUAUAUGGCCUUGCAAGAUUUGCUAUUCAGUAAAUUUUUGUGAUGAUCACCAAAUAGCAUUUCGUCAGUUACAUGAGAUGUGCUGCAAAGAUUUGCUGCUAUUACUGAACACGAAUAUCAUGUGUCUAACCGGCUGUAUGGAACAGCUUAUGAGUUUAGAAAGAUGUAAGUUCACCAAAUUUCCUGGUACAAAACCAUAUCAUGACACUAUUACAUUUAUUAACAACUAUCAAUGUAUAUCUCGUCGUGAGUGUCACGACAAUUCUUGUAUGCCAAUUACAUACUGGCCAAUACAGUAUCGUAUAUAUUCUGAUUAUGCAUCCGGCCCGCUGACAUUAUACUACGCGCUGCAGGAAUCAAAUUUAUUAACUCUUGCAAGAAAUUCAUCUAAAUAUGUCAUUCAUGUUAUAGAUAUAAAUAAAACAGAUAUGGUGCAAAUAUGGCAUAUUUUCUUCCAUUUAUUUAAAAGUAUAAAGGAAAUAUGUAUUGUAUUUAUAAAAAUGCCAAUAAUUGAAUCGAACGAUCUAGGGUUUGUUUGUGCAGUAUGUCGUAACCAUAAUCAAAGACUUUUUGUUAAAAGCGUAUCAGAACCGUACCACGAUUAUGUAUGCUUAGAUUCAUAUGAAAAACCGAAUGUGAUCAUAAUAUUUGAAACAGAAUGUCUUUGUAUAGAAACAUUGUUGGAAUCUGUAAAAGCAAUAAUAGCGCAAGGGUGUCCGUUACUUUUAACCGCUGAUUCGGAAAAUACAGUGCAAGGAAUUGUAGACAAGAUACAAGAAGAAACAGGUACAACCAGAAAUCGAUUAUACAGAGUAAAUAAUUACCGCGGUUAUAUGUCACAUAGAAAUUAUAUGACUGGUGGAUUUUAUUACCGAAAUGCGCAUUUUAUUAUGUAUUCAUAGAUUUAAAUCAUAUGUCUGACCCAGUCAACGGCUGAAGGUUAUAUAUUGUUUUAUCCUAUUUUUAUUUUGGUAUAAUUUAUGAUAUUCAAUUUUUAAUAAUAUUCAAAAUUAAUCAAAAUUUUCGUACCGAGAUAUAAAUUCAGUCAUAAAUUAAUAGUAUUUUUGUGAAAAUAUAGUUUGCUGAUUUGUCAGUAUACAGUUUGUUAAUAUAAAGUUUUUCAUCUUUUAAAAAUAUGUAAAAUAUGUUGUAUAUGAGGUAAUAGAAUGCAGGCUAUAUAUAUAUAGUAUCUUUAAAUUUUACUUUAAAUUUUUAAUUUGUCUCAUAAUUAUUGGUAAUAUUACAUGCAGCUACGAUUAUUCUAUAUUGAGUUACAUGUAAUUGUUUUUUAAAUCUCUACUUCAUUGUUCGUGUUCUGCAAGUGAUAGGUGAUGAUAAUAAUCUCAAUGUUUUAUGUAGAUUAUAUUCUUCAAACUGUGUUUUGUAAUUAAUAAUCAUAACUUGCUAACAUCGACUUUUCCAAAUAAAUUGUGAAAAUGUAUUAAAAAAUAUGAAAAUAAACCUAGGACUAUUAGCGUCUCCCAAGUUAUCAUCUGUAAUUGUAAAUUAAAUGCAAGUGUAAUUAUAAUCUGAAAUAAAACAUAGAUCUUUUAGAAACAUA